GGCCGCCUCCGGGCCACGUGGUGCGCGCGGCGGGCGCGUCCGAGGAGCCCGCAGCGGCUCUGGGCUCAGAGCUCUCCCGGCUUGGAGAGCGGGCGGGAGCCGGGGGCCGGGCCGGUGCGGACGGCGAGGCGGCUGAGGAGGCGCGGAGGUAGCAGGGAGGCCGGGGCUUAGCGUCCGGCGGCGUCGGGGCCGCGGCCUCGUCCCGGCCGCAGCCUCUUCCCUUGCCGCGUUGCUGGCACCGGGUCUCUGCGCCCAGGGCGCACGGCGGGCAGGGACGCAGCCCGGCCGCUUGGCCGCCAUGGAUCCGGCCCCCUCCCGCGACCCCGAGCUGCAGUCCCAGCUCCUCGCCAACGCGUCGGACGCCUUCCCCAGCGCGGGUGCCAACGCGUCGGGGCCGCCAGGAGCACGGAGCGCCUCGUCCCUUGCCCUGGCUAUCGCCAUCACCGCGCUCUACUCGGCGGUGUGCGCCGUGGGGCUCCUGGGCAACGUGCUCGUCAUGUUCGGGAUCGUCCGGUACACUAAGAUGAAGACGGCCACCAACAUCUACAUUUUCAACCUGGCCUUGGCAGACGCCCUGGCCACCAGCACACUGCCCUUCCAGAGCGCCAAGUACCUGAUGGAGACAUGGCCCUUUGGGGAACUGCUCUGCAAGGUCGUGCUCUCCAUUGACUACUACAAUAUGUUCACCAGCAUCUUCACACUCACCAUGAUGAGCGUUGACCGCUACAUUGCCGUCUGCCACCCCGUCAAGGCCCUGGACUUCCGCACCCCUGCCAAGGCCAAGCUGAUCAACAUCUGCAUCUGGGUUCUGGCCUCCGGUGUCGGUGUACCCAUCAUGGUCAUGGCUGUGACCCGCCCCCGGGACGGAGCAGUGGUGUGCAUGCUCCAGUUCCCCAACCCAAGCUGGUACUGGGACACGGUGACCAAGAUCUGCGUGUUCCUCUUCGCCUUCGUCGUGCCCAUCCUGGUCAUCACCGUGUGCUACGGCCUCAUGCUGCUGCGCCUGCGCAGCGUGCGCCUGCUGUCGGGCUCCAAGGAGAAGGACCGCAGUCUGCGGCGCAUCACCCGCAUGGUGCUGGUGGUGGUGGGCGCCUUCGUGGUGUGCUGGGCCCCCAUCCACAUCUUCGUCAUCGUCUGGACGCUGGUGGACAUCAACCGCCGCGACCCACUCGUGGUGGCCGCGCUGCACCUGUGCAUCGCGCUCGGCUACGCCAACAGCAGCCUCAACCCCGUGCUCUACGCCUUCCUCGACGAGAACUUCAAGCGCUGCUUCCGCCAGCUCUGCCGCAUGCCCUGCGGCCGCCGGGAGCCCAGCAGCUUCAGCCGCGCCCGCGAAGCCACGGCCCGCGAGCGGGUCACCGCCUGCACCCCGUCCGACGGCCCCGGCGGUGGCGCAGCCGCCUGACCCUGGGCCGGCCGGCCCGCCGCGCGCCCCUCCGGAGGGACCCGGCGGUUAGGCGGAGUCCUAGUUGGGGCGGGGGCCACGACGCGGGGUGGGGCGGGCGGCGGCCCUGCCGUGGGGUGGUCUGGGGCCGGCUGGGAGUGGGCUGGUCGGCGGGGCGAUGCCUCUAGGCCGAGCUCAAGGUCAAAGGCUUUGGGUUGGGGCAGGGGGAGCUCGCUAGCCCCAGGGAGUGGACCUGUGGCUCUGGGAUUGGGCGGCUAAAUGGGGGCCCCUUCGUUCUAGCUGGAGCUGGGUUGGCGGGAGUGAGAGCCUGGUCUGAGACCCGGCCCAGGACCAAGGAGGGCCGGUGCUGCGGAAGGUGGAAUCGAGCUUCAAGAUCGGGCCCGGUAUGAUGGGGAGGGGCCUCCUGUGGGGGUGAGUUGAAGGACGGGACGGUGAGGCUGACGGUCCAGCUCUGGACGGGGCUGGGAGAGAGGGCCUGUGUACAAACAGUGGGGCUGCAGCUUGGAGUCCGGUCCCAGCCCGGAGUUCCAGAAAGGGGAGGGGCUCGCCGAGGUCCAGGCCCAAUUUGCCAUUUUUAUGAACGAAGAGAAAAUAAACUAGAAACGAUA